UCACCGUAUUUCAAGUGUAAUCUCUCUGUCGCUCUCUCUACAGAUACAGCGCAAUCAAAAAAUAUAGGGGGCCAAAUUCCGCCGUCUCUCAGCCACUUCCCAUUCUGCUCUCCCUCUCUUCAAAACCCCCCCGGCCCGCCCCGGCCCGCCCCUCCUCCCUCUCUCUCUCUCCGCCUUCUCUCUCUAAACCACCUAUAUCUCCAGUCAACUCGCCACAUAUACUCACAGAUUCUCUUACUUCUAUGUCUCUCGUGUAACCAUCCAGCUGAACUGCGAUUGGAGCAUUUUUUUUAUUGAGGAAGAAAUGGCGGGAAAAUCGAACAAGGGGAGGAAUCGGAGAGGGUCUCAUAAUGCACCGAAUUCUUCGGAAGCGGCAGUUUUAUCUGAUGUUCCUGUGAAGGAUAAUAUAAGCUUAUCAGAGUCAUCCAAAUCCACUUCUAAUGGGGACGUGCCUGUUACGGAAUCAACUAGCGUCGAGCCAGAGUUAAAGCAGCCGGAAACUGCAAAUUCAGAGAGUCAGUCCAAGCAAGGUGAAGUUCAUCUUUACCCUGUUUCUGUCAAGACACAAGGUGGCGAGAAGCUUGAUCUACAAUUAAGCCCUGGAGAUUCUGUUAUGGAUGUGAGACAAUUCCUCCUUGAUGCUCCUGAGACGUGUUUCUUCACAUGCUAUGAUCUAUUACUGGUCACAAAGGAUGGUUUGGUUCACCAACUAGAAGAUUAUAACGAAAUUUCUGAAGUUGCUGACAUCACAACUGGUGAUUGCUCCUUGGAGAUGGUUGCUGCAUUAUACGACGAUAGAUCCAUCAGGGCUCAUGUUCACCGAACAAGAGAACUGCUUUCUCUUUCCACACUGCAUUCCUCAUUGUCUACAUCACUUGCUUUACAGCACGAUACCGGGAAAAGUCCACCUGCAAAUUCAGGAGAUGCUGCAAAAACUGAGGUCCCAGAGCUUGAUAGUUUGGGUUUCAUGGACGAUGUCACUGGUUCACUUACCAAUUUGUUGUCUUCACCUCCUAAAGAGAUCAAAUGUCUGGAGAGUAUAGUGUUCUCUUCAUUGAAUCCACCUCCAGGCUAUAGGAGGCUUGUGGGGGAUUUGAUUUAUCUGGAUGUGACAACAUUGGAAGGAAAUAAAUUGUGUAUUACGGGAACCACAAAAAUGUUUUAUGUCAACUCAAGUAUGGGAAAUGUCCUUGACCCGAGACCAUGUAAAGCUGCUUCUGAAUCAGCCACCCUUAUUGGACUCAUGCAAAAGAAUAGCCCUAAAUUCAAGAAAGCUUUUCGGGAAAUUUUGGAACGGAAAGCUUCUGCACAUCCGUUUGAGAAUGUCCAAUCUCUGUUACCACCAAAUUCGUGGCUUGGACUAUAUCCUCUUCCAGAUCACAAGCGUAAUGCUGCUAGGGCAGAGAGUGAACUGACACUUUCCUUUGGAAGUGAGCUAAUUGGCAUGCAAAGGGAUUGGAAUGAAGAAUUGCAGUCUUGUCGGGAGUUUCCCCGCACAAAUCCUCAAGAAAGGAUUUUGCGGGAUAGGGCACUGUACAAAGUGACAUCUGAUUUUGUUGAUGCAGCAAUUAGUGGUGCUAUUGGAGUCAUCAGCAGAUGUAUACCACCAAUUAACCCAACUGACCCGGAGUGCUUUCACAUGUAUGUUCACAACAACAUAUUCUUCAGUUUUGCUGUGGAUGCGGACCUUGAGCAGCUGUCCAGGAAACGCAUAGCUGAUAAUAAUUUAAAGAGUGAUAGCAUAAGCUCAGUAAGCAAUUCAUCUGAGAAGACUUCCACCAAUAAGUUGCCUUUUUCAGCCGCUAGAGUUCCCAGUGGGGACAAAUCCAAUGGCACAAGUACAGAGGAUAUUGGUUGUACCAUGGAUUCGGCUUCUGAUGUUCGUUCUGAGACACAGCUGGCUGAAAGCGAGCAAGCCACCUAUGCCUCUGCAAAUAAUGAUCUGAAAGGCACCAAGGCUUACCAAGAAGUUGAUGUAUCGGGUCUGUAUAAUCUUGCUAUGGCCAUUAUUGAUUACAGGGGCCACAGAGUAGUGGCACAGAGUGUUUUACCGGGCAUCCUUCAAGGUGAUAAAUCAGACUCCCUUCUCUACGGUUCCGUUGACAAUGGGAAAAAGAUUUGUUGGAAGGAAGAUUUUCAUUCCAAGGUACUGGAGGCUGCCAAACGCCUCCAUGUGAAGGAACAUAUGGUCUUUGAUGGAUCUGGAAAUGCUUUCAAAUUAGCUGCACCUGUUGAAUGCAAGGGUAUUGUUGGAAGUGAUGACAGGCAUUAUCUCUUGGACUUGAUGAGAGUCACUCCUCGUGAUGCAAACUAUACUGGUCCAGGCUCUAGAUUUUGUAUUUUGAGACCCGAGUUAAUUUCUGCCUUCUGCCAGGCUGAAGCGGCAGAGAGGCCAAAAAAUAGUUGUGAAACAAAGGGGGAGCUUCCUGGUUCCAGCGAGUCUUCAAAUGUUAAUGGUUCUGAAGAACUGGUGAGAACUGAGGCAGAUACAUCUCUGACAACUUCUGACAAACAGGAUGUGUUAAAAGAAGGCAAACGUGAGGCUGCCCAAGAAUGUGGUUCUUCAUUCGUCAGAAAUGGAGAUAUAUGUGAAGAAAUAUCUUUCAAUCCUAAUGUCUUUACAGAGUUUAAGUUAGCAGGAGGUGAAGAAGAGACUGCUGCUGAUGAAGAAAAUGUUAGGAAAGUUAGUCUCUAUCUUAGGGACAUUGUGCUUCCCAAAUUUAUUCAAGAUCUUUGUACCCUUGAAGUUUCACCCAUGGAUGGCCAAACACUGACUGAAGCACUCCAUGCUCAUGGAAUUAAUAUUCGUUAUAUUGGAAAGGUUGCUGAGGGGACCAAACACUUACCUCAUUUAUGGGAUCUUUGUUCCAACGAGAUUGUAGUCAGGUCUGCUAAGCACGUCCUCAAGGAUGUUCUGAGAGACUCAGAGGAUCAUGAUGUUGGGCCUGCAAUAGCUCAUUUUUUCAACUGUUUUUUUGGAAAUUGUCAAGCUACUGCUGCUGUAAAAGGUCCUCCUAACGGGGUGCAGUCCCGAGCCCAAAGGAAGGAUCACGCUGGUUACCAAGGCAAAUCAUCUAGGGGCCAUGGAAGGGGGACAAAUGGAGGAUAUUCACGGAAGGAACAGUGGUCGUAUUUGAAUAUUACGUCCGAGAGUUUGUGGUCCGACAUUGUAGAAUUUGCAAAAGUUAAAUACCAGUUUGAGUUGCCGGAGGACGCAAGAUCACGGGUAAAGAAAAUUUCAGUCAUACGCAACCUUUGUCAGAAGGUAGGCAUAGUCAUUGCAGCUCGAAAAUAUGAUCUUGAUGUUGUGGCACCUUUCUCAACAUCAGACUUUUUGGAUGUGAGACCAGUAGUGAAGCAUUCUAUUCCAGUCUGUUCAGAAGCCAAGGAUCUUGUAGAAACAGGAAAAGUUCAGUUGGCUGAGGGAAUGCUUACUGAGGCGUACGCAUUAUUUUCUGAGGCAUUUACAAUACUUCAGCAGGUGACUGGUCCAAUGCAUCGAGAGGUUGCAAAUUGUUGUCGUUACCUUGCUAUGGUUUUGUACCAUGCCGGAGACAUGGCUGGAGCGAUAAUGCAACAGCACAAGGAACUUAUUAUAAACGAGCGAUGCCUAGGACUGGACCAUCCUGAUACUGCUCACAGCUAUGGCAACAUGGCUCUUUUCUACCAUGGGCUUAACCAGACUGAACUUGCACUUCGUCACAUGUCCAGAGCAUUACUCCUCCUAAGUUUAUCAUCUGGUCCAGAUCACCCUGAUGUGGCUGCAACCUUUAUAAAUGUUGCAAUGAUGUACCAAGAUAUUGGAAAUAUGAACACAGCUCUUCGUUAUUUGCAAGAAGCAUUGAAAAAGAAUGAGAGGCUUUUAGGCGAGGAACAUAUUCAAACUGCUGUUUGCUAUCACGCUCUGGCCAUUGCAUUCAACUGCAUGGGUGCUUUUAAGCUCUCUCACCAGCAUGAAAAGAAGACAUAUGAUAUACUUGUGAAACAACUUGGAGAAGAGGAUUCCAGGACACGUGAUUCCCAGAAUUGGAUGAAAACAUUUAAGAUGCGUGAAUUACAGAUGAAUACACAAAAGCAGAAAGGUCAAACUCUGAAUGCAGAUUCUGCCCAAAAGGCUAUUGAUAUCUUAAAGGCUCAUCCCGAUCUAUUGCAUGCAUUUCAAGCUGCUGCUGCAGCUGGAGGAUCCGGGAGCUCUGGUCCCCCCGCGAACAAAUCCUUAAACUCUGCAAUAAUUGGAGAGGCUCUUCCACGAGGUAGGGGAGUCGACGAAAGAGCUGCCCGUGCUGCCGCAGAAGUCAGGAAGAAGGCCGCGGCUAGGGGCCUCUUAAUUCGCCCGCACGGAGUCCCCGUCCAGGCAUUGCCACCACUUACACAACUCCUCAACAUAAUCAAUUCAGGGAUAAGUCCAGAGGCUGAAAACAAUAACGAAGCCAGUGGAGCAAAGAAAGAAGCUAAUGGCCCUCCUUCAAGUCGUCCAGCAGAUGGGCUUGAAGCCCAGCCAGAACCAGGGCAGCAAGAUCAGGCUCCGGUUGGAUUAGGCACGGGUUUGGCUGCAUUAGAUGCCAAGAAGCAGAAAAUGAAACCAAAGUCACCGCGUGAAGGAUUGAACUGAGAACUUACAGACGGGCGACAGAAGCCUGCCUUUGGUCCUCAAAGCAAGGGAUAUUGUGAGGUCUGUUGAGGGUAACUUGUGAUCUCCCUGCUUACGGAAGUUUGGAGUGUCAAGACAUGCCCGUUGGUGAUAUAACAUUUGAUUCUUUGAAUAAUCAAUGCUCGGAGAAACAUGAUUUGGACCAGAGAGCAUCGGUCAAAUUUUGAAGAAAAGAGGGGAUUCAUAUUUAUGAUGGUAUAAGCUCACAAAUAAUUAGUUGGCAAAUGUAACUUAUUUUUUGCUUCUGGUUUGCACCAAAUCAGGGUUCUAUGGAUACCGAACCUGAUAAGGUUCUUUUCAAUCAAUGCUUCAUCAUAAUAAUAUUUUGAGCAUACGAGGUUGCUUA